GCGCUCCUGCCAGGCGGGACCGACCGACGGACCAACGCCGGCCACCCGGCUCUCCUUGCCGCCGCCGCGGCAGGCGCGGGACCGCGCGGCGAGGCCUGAUCCCUGCAGCGCGGACGGGCGGCGUCGCAGAACGGAGCCAGCCAGAAGCGCCCGGACUCCUGCAGUUCCCAGGACCAUGCCUGCCAGAAAGCAGACGUGAAUGAACAGCAGAAGCAGAAGCUGCAAAUGACACAGGAGGACAUCCGCGGAGCAUUCGAUCUCACCCAAAUCCGUGAGAGUGAUUUCCCAGCCAGUGAUUUGGCCAGGACAACCAGAAAACAGGAUUCUUAUCUUCUUUUUGGCCGCUAAAUGCCUAUGUGCACCACACAUUCCAGUGAAGGAAGAAGAGCAGAACUUCUUGGAUGACGAUGGAUAUUCUACUGGGCAGGAUGAGGGCAGAGUGUGUGACAUCAACACCACAAGGUGUCAUUGAACAUGCCCCUCUGAAAUCUCUAUUUGAUUUAAACUGGUGCAGCGUGAAUUUCCUCGUCUCCCUCCCCAGCCAGCUCUCUGCCCUCUGUAUCCACCAUGGUGUUUGGUGAGUUUUUCCAUCGCCCGGGACAAGACGAGGAACUUGUCAACUUGAAUGUGGGGGGCUUUAAGCAGUCUGUUGACCAAAGCACCCUCCUGCGGUUUCCUCACACCAGACUUGGGAAGCUGCUCACCUGCCACUCAGAAGAGGCCAUUCUGGAGCUGUGCGAUGACUACAGUGUGGCCGAUAAGGAGUACUAUUUUGAUCGGAACCCCUCCUUGUUCAGAUAUGUUUUGAAUUUUUAUUACACGGGGAAGCUGCAUGUCAUGGAGGACCUGUGCGUGUUCUCGUUCUGCCAGGAGAUUGAGUACUGGGGCAUCAAUGAGCUCUUCAUCGAUUCCUGCUGCAGUAAUCGCUACCAGGAACGCAAGGAGGAAAACCACGAGAAGGACUGGGACCAGAAAAGCAAUGAUGUGAGUACUGACUCCUCUUUCGAAGAGUCGUCUCUGUUUGAAAAGGAGCUGGAGAAGUUUGACAAGCUGCGAUUUGGUCAGCUCCGCAAGAAGAUCUGGAUUCGAAUGGAAAACCCAGCCUACUGCCUGUCUGCCAAGCUCAUCGCCAUUUCUUCCUUGAGUGUGGUACUGGCCUCCAUUGUGGCCAUGUGUGUUCACAGCAUGUCAGAGUUCCAGAAUGAGGAUGGAGAGGUGGAUGACCCUGUGCUGGAAGGUGUGGAGAUUGCGUGCAUUGCUUGGUUCACUGGAGAGCUUGUCAUCCGGCUGGUUGCUGCUCCCUGUCAAAAGAAAUUCUGGAAAAACCCUCUGAACAUAAUUGACUUUGUCUCCAUUAUUCCCUUCUAUGCCACGUUGGCUGUAGACACCAAGGAGGAAGAGAGUGAGGACAUUGAGAACAUGGGCAAAGUGGUCCAGAUCCUCAGGCUGAUGAGGAUUUUCCGAAUUCUCAAGCUUGCCCGGCACUCGGUAGGACUUCGCUCUCUAGGUGCCACACUGAGACACAGCUAUCAUGAAGUUGGGCUGCUGCUUCUCUUCCUAUCUGUGGGCAUUUCCAUCUUUUCUGUGCUUAUCUACUCUGUGGAGAAAGAUGAACACACAUCCAGCCUCACCAGCAUCCCCAUCUGCUGGUGGUGGGCCACCAUUAGUAUGACGACUGUGGGCUAUGGAGACACCCACCCAGUCACCUUGGCUGGGAAGCUUAUUGCCAGCACCUGCAUCAUCUGUGGCAUCUUGGUUGUGGCCCUUCCUAUCACUAUCAUCUUCAACAAGUUUUCCAAGUACUACCAGAAACAAAAGGACAUUGAUGUGGACCAGUGCAGCGAGGACCCACCAGAGAAGUGUCAUGAGCUACCUUACUUCAACAUUAGGGACAUUUAUGCACAGCGGAUGCACGCCUUCAUUACCAGUCUAUCUUCUGUGGGAAUUGUGGUGAGCGAUCCCGAUUCCACAGACGCUUCAAGCAUUGAAGACAACGAGGAUGUUUAUAACAUGGCAUCCUUGGAGAAUUGCACAGCAAAAUGAGCAGGGAUGUUUGUGCCUGUGUCUUGUGUCCCUUCCCGAUGUUAGGUUAACACAGCUUUAUAAACCUCAAUGGAUUCGUUAAAAUCAUUUAAUUCUCAGGGUGUAUCUUUCAGCCAUAGUUGGACAGUCAUUGCUCUGAAAUGAUAGAAUCGUCUUUAUUUUUUGUGUGAAGUGAAUUAAAUGCCUUGUUCUGAAAUUUAUUUUUUUAUAAGAGAGAGUUGUAUACGAUUUUGGAAAAAACGGUUAAUGGUAUUGGGAGGGAUUUGUUGAUAUGGCUUAUAUAUCAUUCCGUGUUUGUCAUUUACUCACAUUGAGCUAGCUGUAAAUUACUGACAAGUAGAGUCAAAGGCCCAGCUGACCGAAGACUGCAUGCAUGUAAGAGCCACAAAGUGAGACAACGCAUGUAAACCCAUGUUCACGUUCUAGACAUGCAAAUUAGGAGCCUAAUA